AUGUGCAACCUGGGUAGACAUCGUACUGGCACAGUCAUCGGAUGUUUGCGCAAACUGCAACAUUGGAACUUGAGCGCAAUCUUGGAGGAGUAUCGCCGCUUUGCAGGUCCUAAAGUGCGCGUCAUGAAUGAACAGUUUAUUGAAUUGUUUGAUGAAGAACUCGUUUUUGGUGAGAACCAAGCAUAA